AUGUUCCGAAAGAAAAAGAAGAAACGUCCUGAGAUCUCGGCCCCUCAGAACUUCCAGCAUCGAGUCCACACCUCCUUUGACCCCAAAGAAGGCAAGUUUGUGGGCCUCCCCCCACAAUGGCAGAAUAUUCUGGACACGCUGCGGCGCCCCAAGCCGGUGGUGGACCCCUCACGUAUCACUCGGGUGCAGCUUCAGCCCAUGAAGACAGUGGUGCGGGGCAGCUCCAUGCCCACCGACGGCUACAUCUCAGGGCUGCUCAACGACAUCCAGAAGUUGUCGGUCACCAGCUCCAACACCCUGCGUGGCCGCAGCCCCACCAGCAGGCGGCGGGCACAGUCGCUGGGGCUGCUGGGGGAUGAGCAUUGGGCUGCCGACCCAGACAUGUACCUGCAGAGCCCCCAGUCUGAGUGCACUGACCCCCACAGCCUCUACCUCAGCUGCAACGGGGGCACACCAGUGGGCCACAGGCAGACGCCGUGGCCUGAGCCACAGAGCCCACGGGUCCUGCCCAAUGGACUGGCCGCGAAGGCACAUUCCCUGGGGCCUGCGGAGUUCCAGGGUGCCACGCAGCGCUGCCUGCAACUGGGCGCCUGCGUGCAGAGUUCCCCAUCCGGCACCUCACCCCCUGCAGCCACGGGCAGGCGUGGGACCAAGGCUGCCAGGCAUGGCUCUGAGGAGGCUCGGCCACAGUCCUGCCUGGUGGGCUCCACCUCCCGAAGGCCUGGUGGGGAGGGCAGCCCGAGCCCCAAGACGCAGGAGAGCAGCCUGAAGCGCAGGCUGUUCCGAAGCAUGUUCCUGUCUACUGCAGCCACGGCCCCUGCAAGCAGCAGCAGCAAGCCAGGCCCGCCGCCACAGAACAAGCCCAACUCCUCCUUCCGGCCACCUCAGAGAGACUCCCCGCCAAGCCUGGUGGCCAAGGCCCAAUCCUUGCCCCCAGACCAGCCCAUGGGGACCUUCAGCCCUCUGACCACCUCGGACACCAGCAGCCCCCAGAAGCCCCUCCACACAGCCCCAGCCGCCUGCCCCCCACCAGGCCGGUCUUCCCCGGCAGGCUCCCCGCGCACCCGGCAUGCCCAGAUCAGCACCAGCAACCUGUACCUGCCCCAGGACCCCGCAGCAGCCAGGGGUGCCCUGGCUGGCGAGGACACAGGUGUCGUGACACAUGAGCAGUUCAAGGCUGCACUCAGGAUGGUGGUGGACCAGGGCGACCCCCGGCUGCUGCUGGACAGCUACGUGAAGAUUGGCGAAGGCUCCACCGGCAUCGUCUGCCUGGCCCGGGAGAAGCACUCGGGUCGCCAGGUGGCAGUCAAGAUGAUGGACCUCAGGAAGCAGCAGCGCCGGGAGCUGCUCUUUAAUGAGGUGGUGAUCAUGCGGGACUACCAGCACCUCAAUGUGGUGGAGAUGUACAAGAGCUACCUGGUGGGUGAGGAGCUGUGGGUGCUUAUGGAGUUCCUGCAGGGCGGGGCCCUCACGGACAUCGUCUCCCAAGUCAGGCUGAACGAGGAGCAGAUCGCCACUGUGUGUGAGGCUGUGCUGCAGGCCCUGGCUUACCUGCAUGCCCAGGGUGUCAUCCACCGGGACAUCAAGAGUGACUCCAUCCUGCUGACCCUCGAUGGCCGGGUGAAACUCUCGGACUUCGGAUUUUGUGCUCAGAUCAGCAAAGAUGUCCCUAAAAGGAAGUCCCUGGUGGGAACCCCCUACUGGAUGGCUCCUGAAGUGAUCUCUAGAUCUCUGUAUGCCACUGAGGUGGAUAUCUGGUCUCUGGGCAUCAUGGUGAUUGAAAUGGUGGAUGGGGAGCCACCCUACUUCAGUGACUCUCCAGUGCAAGCCAUGAAGAGGCUCCGGGACAGCGCCCCACCCAAACUGAAAAACUCUCACAAGGUUUCCCCAGUGCUGCGAGACUUCCUGGAUCGGAUGCUAGUGCGGGACCCCCAGGAGAGAGCCACCGCCCAGGAGCUCCUGGACCACCCCUUCUUGCUGCAGACAGGACUGCCGGAGUGCCUGGUGCCACUAAUCCAGCUCUACCGCAAGCAGACCUCCACCUGCUGA